GAGUAGAUACAUUGAAAUCUGUAAAACCCUCUCUAAAAACUGUUGGGGUCCAAAAUUGUUUAUUUUGUUUAGUUUAAUUUUAUUUUUAAAGCAUUUGUCCAUAUUUAUUUGCGAUAUCCAACUAUGCCGCCGAACACAAGAUUUAUUCGACCUACUAAAUGCAGUCUUUUGAGAGCUAAAGCUAACAAUUUGAAGUUUUCGAGUGGGAGGUCUGUCAGUAAUGGGAGCAUCUGGUCGAUGCAAAGUCAAUUAAAGCAUGCAGAGUCCUGCUCGGCGUCCCUCCACGACUGUGUGUCGCUGCCAGAGAGGACACUAUCCAAGAUUCCUCAACCAAAGCAGAAAACUCUUGCACCCGCAGCUACCCCACGCAAAUCCCGCCAGCAGGUUCUCACUCAAAAUCGCGUGCGUGCCCUCGAGACACAGUACCAGACGCUGCAAUGGCUUCAAUCGGCUUUUUAUGAAAAGCUGCAAUCGUUGGGACCGGUGGAGUCCAAAAUGUUGGGCUCGUACAAGUUUGUUGCCAUUGUGCUCCGCGAGGACAGCAAGUGGGUUCAUAACAAUGAGCAGUUGAUCCCUGGGCCUCCCCAGAAGUUGCCCAGCGAUAGCGUCCAGGAUCUAAAAAAUCGUUGCCAGGCAGCCAUCGAUUCGGGCUUUAUGAUGCUCUAUGAUCACCUGGAGCACAUUCAACUGGCGAAGGACGAGUUGGAGGCGUGCAAUCAGAAGGAGCAGCUGGCAGUCAAGCUGAAAGAGCUUCUGCAACCCCAAAUGGACAGCAUCUUCGAGAGCAUCGAGCAGAUGUGUGUGACACCUGUCAGCCAACAGGUUUCGCCCAACAAGCAUCUUUACCGCCGCAUAAACGAGCUGAGCGAAGAGAAGCAGGACCUGGAAACGCGGCUCUUAGAUGUUAAUAAUUCUCACAGCGAUCAGAUGAAUAUACUGAAGGCGGAUCAGACGCUGGGCGAGCUGAGGGACAUGCUACAGCUGUGCGAGGCACAACACAACGAAGACCUAGGGGAGCUGGCCAAACAAAAUGAAUCUUUGGCGGCUAAGGACAAUACCAUCGACUCCAUGAGGACUGAGAUGGACAACCUAAUGUCACGCAAUGUCGGGCUGGAGCAACAGAUGAAGGAGGCGGAGGCUUCUGUGGUCCAAGCACAGAAGGAUGUCGAAAGAAAAGGUGAGUUAAUAGACUGUCUGGAGGAGGAGUUGAAGGACAAGCGGCAGCUCGUUGCCCAGCUCCCGAGAGGUGAGGAUUCAACAAGCCAGGUCGUGGUGGAGAAAGAUCAGAUCAUUCGCGAUUUGAAUCUGAAGCUCCUGACUUGUAUGCAGUUCAAGGAAAUGCUCCUAAGACAAUUCGAGGAUAUUCGAAAGCUGCAGGCGGACAACGAAAGGCUGGAUAGAAACAUCCAAAAGACGAGGACUGAGAUCAGUGAGCUGCAGGAGAACAUUAAGAGCACAGAACUGCAGCUUGAUUCCAGUUACCAAAGGGAGCAGCAGCUCAGCGUGCAUCUCGAGCAUGUCAAGUCGGAGCUGUUAAGGUCCGAGCAGCUGGUAGCCCAGUUACGGGGGGAGGCGAACGCAGUCCACAACGCGACAUCCACGUCCAACGGAGAAAACCUGAAGCAGACUCAGACUGAAAACCAACAAAAAAUGGAAGAAAUCAUCAUCAAACAUGCGGAAGAUCCGGAUGUAAACCAGUUGAGCUGUCAGGUGGAGUCGAGGGAUGAGCAGCUACGCCAUGUCUUCGGAAAACUCAGCAGCAUGCAGGAGAAGCUUACGAGCAUGGAGGAGUCUAUAAAACAGAUCAACGAUCCGAACUAUCGCCUCUCCCAGCUCCGCGAUGGGCAGCGUGAGAAGGAGCUCUUGAUGGAGAGAGAGGUUUCCCAAUUUAUGGACGGCAUGUGGGUGUAA